UGUAUGUCUCCUCUCAGUGGGUUGGGCACAGGUAACAUGAAAGAACCGGUUAAGGUUUCUGGUGAGAUUGCCGCUUUUAUCCAAGUUUGGCGGUGGAAAAUUCGAAUUUCCCAUUGCAGUCAGAUCAAGAGAUGUUUUUUUCUGUGGUGAAACAGAUCACUUCAAAAUGCAUUGUCCUAAGUACAUUGUCCAUCCGUUUGUCUCACUUGGAGAAGAUCACGCAUGUCCAAGUGAACACUGCGGAGACUCCUCAGGUAAUCUUUGAUGAUGCCCAAAAUGUCGUCUACUUCUCGACCAGUGUCUGGUCGAAUGUCCAAGGAAUGAUGAACAAUCUGAAGGAACCCGGGACUACAGCACUCCCACAACAAGGAUACUUGGGUUGUGUGGUCUCGUUUUGGUGGACGCUUCACAUUCAGAUUGGGGAGACCAGAAGAUGGAGAUUGAGAAGGCGGAAUCGGCGAAGCUUGAGGUUGGGAACUCAAAAUAGAUUGAUCAAAAUUUUGACGAAAGCCUCUGACUUUAAGUCGUGCUUUGUCGAAAUUGUCCUCAUGGGCGUCCAGGUCCUUGUCGAUAUCAUUGUCAUCCGCAUCCGGGUGACACAUCACCGCCUCUUCUGCAUCCUGGAACCGAUUGAGUUUCGACUCCCACGUCUGAAGUUUGAGCUCCAAAAGGUAGGGGUCAGUGCCAUCAACAUGAGUUUGAAUAGCAUCAAGAGCUGCCCUUUUAGCUCAUAUGGUCACUCCAUUGAAACCUUUUCAUGAGGACUUCAGGUUCAAUACUCCCUCACGGUUAUCCAUAAUCAACAAAAGGAAUUCCCUUGCGUCAAGUUAAACCAGGCACAGAUGUUCCCAGAUCCAAGAAGAUGAUUUCUCUCAAAGGGAUAUGAUCCGACCAACACUCGGGGAAAUAAAGGAUGAAAUUCACCAAUUAGAAUAUCUAAUGCACGUAAAUCGCGAUCCCAUCCACACGUAGUUGGCUACCGACUGCGCCACGGAAUGAUUAGUGCCGUGGCUUAACUAUAUAAGAUUUAUUCGGGAAGACUGAAGAGAGAACCGUUC